AUGUUCAUGUUCACGAGUGAACCCAAGGCACUUACACUCUCCAGUCCACCUCUUCCAAAUACCAAGCAAGAAGUCAAAGCCAUUUCGCCUGCCGCGGGAUCAAUCCUUGACGCUGUGGGCAAGGUCGCUGCAGCACUUCUGGAUGGUGGAUCCGACAUUGCGAAUCUUGCAGAAGGCGUUAUCAGUAGUCUCUCUUCCACUGUCCUCGCUGGAGCACCAAGUCAAGUCCCAAGUCAGAUACAAGAUGUGAAUAGUCAGGUGGAUCAAGCUACUGGUGUCGUGGGUGGGAUUGUUACUGCCGCCACAGGUAUCGUUGGAAGUUUGUUGGCUGGAACUGGUGCUUCGGGAUUGCCUGCUGCAGACAGUGGAGAAAGGAAUGCAUCCACGAGUGCAACGACGGGUUUGGCCAAGACGACUUCGGGAUUGAAUGCUACAUCUUCGACUUCGAGCAUGGCGUUCAACAUAACCUCUGCUCCGGUAUUGAAGGAAUUUCCAUCAACAUCUGCGACAUCAACUUGUCCUUCGAUACCCACUUGUACAGCUUGUCCUGCCGCGAAGACGGAAACUUGCACGGUGACUGAGACGUGGCAUAGCACUCAUUAUGAGUCAACUGCAACACUGUUCAGCUUCGUUGCAGCUUUCACAUAUACAUGUACCGAAACGGUCAGUGUUUGUCCAAAGUCAAGCCUCUACCCUCUCGCACCAUCGAAUAUCAUACCCAUUCCUCCAGUGCUUUCGAGUCUCAUUGCCUGUCCAAAUGGUGCUUUGGCAAAACGAGCAGAAGAUUGUCCACCAGUAUCAAGCCUGCCCAAUCAAAAUUCACCCAAUUCGAAUAUCUCCUUUAGCUCAGUUCCAUACCCAGAUAAUACAGGUUCCUCACACCCUUGUCCAAAUGCAGGAUACUCUUGCUCGGAAUGUCCAGGUGGAGUGUUCUGCCCUCCUACACAAACAUCUGCCCAAGAUUGUGUGUGUGGUUAUGGCUGGGCGUGUGGUCAUUGUUCGCAAGGGUGGUUUUGCAUCCCGAGUCCUACCACUGGUCCUGCAAAUGGACCUCUGAGUUCUUUUGGGCCCUUGAGUUCGGCUGGACCUGUCAGAUCUGCUGUUGCCCUUUUGGGAAAUGGCUCUGCAUCUCGAAUCGCAUCCCCGUCGGUUCCCUCUACAUUGGCAAGUUUCACAGCGAAUCUUCCAAGUCUCUCGUCGUUACCUUCAGCAGUUUCCAUCGGUGGGUCAGGAACGGGCCUAUUCCAACUAUCUCCAACGUUGAGUGGAUCAUCAAACCAGGCUGCAAGUACUGGAGAUCUUGACGGGAACAUCAUCAAUAAUGUCAAUUCCGCCCUUGGCAAUAUCAAUGGUCUUUCAGGGGUGAUCUUGAGCUCUGUGAUGGGACAGCUGUCAUCGGUGCUUGGUGCAAAUUUUCCGUUCGGAAUCGCAAAUCCUACAAAUCUUUCGCCACUCACUGGGCCAGCAGCGAAUUUGAUCUCAUCUGUUACAGGGGCAGCAGCUAUCCGUAAUCCUGCUGGUGGUCUCAUCCCUUCUGCGACAGGACUCGUGGGGAGUGUCGAGGGAAAUGUCCUCUCCAAUAUCCCAUCUGUAGGCGGAAAUCCUGCUGCUGGGCUUAUUCCUACUGCGACGGGGCUUGUGGAAAGUGUAGCAGGCAAUGUUCUUUCCAACAUUCCGUCCAUUGGAGGAAAUCCUGUUGCUGGACUCGUACCCACUGCAGUAGCUAUCGUCAGCGGUGUUGCCAGUGAUCUUGUGGCAGCCGGGGUUCCUGGACCUAACAAUCCUGCUGGUGGCCUCGUUCCAACCGCUUCAGCUAUCAUUGCAGGUGUGAAUAGCGAUUUGCUUGCUGCUGGAAUACCUGUUGCCACACCAGCUCCAAUCUUCCAACCAACUGUCACACUUCCAGUCGUCAACAAUGUCUUGCCUAUUCUAGGAAAAGCAAUCCAGGAAGUGACCAGAACAGUCAUACCGCAGCCACUCAGAUCCACAGGCCCUGAGGAAUCUUCGGCUACAGACAUUGUCUCCACGCUCAUGGCCUCCAUCGAUGACUCUAAUGUCAUAAGCCACCUCACAACGAUGGUUCAAGGUACACCAACUAUCUUGCCGGUCGUUAUCACAGUCUUGAAUGGCAAGCCGACUGUCGUGCCACUGGUGAAAAUGGUUGUUGAUGGGAGGGAGAAGGAUUUGCCUGUGGUGGGUGUUGAUCUCCAUAGUGGCGUGGGGAAGGUUGAGGCUGUCAAGGAGGUUCUUGAUGGUAAUGGGGAUGGGAGCGGUAGGAAACGGAGAAGGGGGAAGGGCGUGGCUUGA